CAAACGGCGGAUGUGCUUAUGUAAUACUGUUAUGUUGUCUUGCAUCGAUUAUUCCGACUAAAAGAUCGAUUGCGGAUUAAUAAUUAAAUGAGAAAUUAUGACUCAAAUUAUCAAUUGUUAUAUUAAGUUAUUCCUUAGUUAAGUGUUACUAAAUAACAAAAGCUUAUCGAUUGUACGUCUUCUUAGAUAUGGGACGCUCAGUGUGUCUAGGUCAAUAGGUAUUUUGGGAUGACCUAAAGUGCAAGUUUAAUGUUUUGUGCGUUCAUUUGUUUUGAUUCGUAGUCUGUGACGUAAUUAUAUUAGUGUUUAUUAGGAAGCUAGAUUUGUGAGUAGGCGGUGUUUAGUGUUGUGGUGUUUCUGGAUAUUGAUAGCAGUUUUCGCAACAACAUGUUUGGGGUAUUGAUGAAGAAAUGGAAACCUAAAAGAAUAUCUAACAAUGAAAGAAAUGAGAGCCCUGGCACCGACGGCAGUGUUUCACCAGAACCACCUGACCGACCUCCCGGAAAGGUCCGUCAGGUCCAUCCGGAACAGAAAACACAAGUAUUAGCUUACGAUUCCUCUUAUCGCAAGAAAAACAAGCCAAAGUCGCUCCCUCUGGAAGAUAACCAAAUGUACAAUCACUUAGCGAACUCAAAUGUCGCUAUGUCGCCGAUGUAUCCAUUAACACCUAACAUUUGCGUUGAAGGAGGGAAGAUUGAGUUCAUAAAAUCGCCACCGGGUAGCGCUAGGAAUAGUUUGGCACUAGCGUCUCCGCCUCAAACGCCGUUACUAGCGCGACGCGGAUCGCGGGAAAAACGCGAACGAGCAUGUAGUGACGAACCGGAGAAGUUCGACGGCGACAAGGAACUUCUUGAAAAACGUAUAAAACAGUUAGAGGAUCAAUUGGAAGAGGAAAAACGACGAACACAACGCGAGCGUAUGGCUGUUACGAAGUUGCAGAACAAACUUAUAAAGCGCGAGGGUGCGGCGCGCAACGAUGCGGAGCGCGAGAGGCGCGCGCGCGGCGAUUGGGAGGCGCGGGCGCGCGCCGCCGAAGCUGAUGCAUCGCGGCUCGCAGGCAAGCUGCAUGCAGCACAGCGAGAGAUUGCCAGGAUGGAGGACACGGUGCGCUCGUUGUUACAAUACAAAAGCCGCGUGGAAACUUUGAAGCAGGAGAAAGCUUCCUUAUCCUCCGCGCUGGAGGCCUCAGCAGCGCACUACCAAAGCCAACUGUCGGCGUUGUCGGCGGAAAACGAAAGGCUACGCAACGAGCUAACAGCAUUGUCGACAGAAGUACAUGACAGUGACCACGAGAAGAGACUGGAUGAUGUCGCGCAGCAAGUUGUACGAGCCCUUCUCUCACAGAAGAGCGUACGGGAGGAGUUGGGCUGCGCACGCGCAAGGAUACGCGAGCUAGAGACCCAGAACCGCGCGCUGAGUUCACUCCUUGUGAGGCAGCUGCGGCCGCAGCCUCGCCCAUCACCAGCUACGCCACACACCCCCCUCACCCCACAUACGCCGAGGGAUAUACAAGGUAUACAUCUUGUAGACGUGGGAUCCUGUGGUUCGCUGGUCUCCUUUAGAGACUCGCCACCACCAGCGCCGCCGGUGCCGCAGCCUCAUCCUCUCAGCCACGACGAUAAGCGCCGCCAUCAAAUUUUAGCCGACAUCUGGACUGAGCUAAAAGGUCUGGAAGUAACACCGGCUAACCUAGCACGAGCACUCUCUGCCGUGGACCCAACAUUGUGGGCGCCGCCAACGCGCCCCGUCACCCUCAGCCUCAGCGUGCCUCAACCCGCGGUCGCCUGCGACCACGCCACUGGUGCAACAAGAGAAAAGGGAAUAGAAGAAGAAAACGGAGAGGCUGGAGCGGAAUCACCAGAGAGUGGCGCAAAGGACGAAGGUUACUCAACUAUGUCAAGUGACGUUCAAGCAGAUGCGUCGAGGCAGAGCGACCAUGCGGCUGACCGAGCUCUGCCCGACCUGAACGAAGCCUCGGACGAAACCGACAACCAAACCAUCGUCUCCAUUAACCCUAGAGAAUCUCGUCGUCAUGCUAGAAUACUAGCUGAAGCUGACUAUAUUUAUUUCCCAAUAGGUGUAGCAUUCGCAGGUAUUAGAGGCAGCUACCCACCAUCUAGACCAGUAUUACCUUUUCAGCAUGUUGUGAGAAGCUUUUCAGACUCCCACUUAUGCUUGAAAUUACUAACGGGCACUACCUGUCCCACUAGCUGUCUUGAUACCCCUUCGCCUAGUUCGGGGGUACUAGUUUUAGAUCUGAAACCGGCGCCGGAAAGGCCUUUAAGAAGACAGGCGAUAGCUUCUACUACUAGUUCUGAAAGAAUUUCAUGGGGUAGUACACUUGAUGAUCGCGCGGAUGGAUCUCAGUAUGAUGCUGAUUAUGUCCAGCAUUGGUUAGAAUUAGAUGAUGCAAGAUCGGCUUUGCAGCAAAGGCAUAGAGAUCUAGCUGACCUAGAAUACGAUAGAGCCGAAUUAGAAGAUUGGAGUUUGUCCUUAUCGUGUGAGGACCUUGGGGAUAGGCAAUCACCUUUUGCGGAAAUAACUACACCAGGUCAAAUAUCUCUAUCAACUCUUCCAAGUAUAAGGGAAGAUGAUGCGCUAGAAUUAGAAGAAGAUGUAGGCGAUUGUUUAUGGAAUGACUGUGGAUUUGCAACGGUUGAACUUGAUGAAUGUAGAAUAGCUGACGACACGGAAAAUUCUGAGAAGAGAUGGGAGUAUACAGGUACACAUUCCCCUGGUGGUUCUUGGUCAAGCGCAUCUGAUGGCCCUGAUAAGCGUUCGAGUACUGCUUUAAGUGAGGAUGGUGAUUGUGCUAAUGUAGGCCUUGAUUUCACGCGAGAUUUUUAUCGCCUUGUAAAAUACGAAAGCACAAAAAGCUUAGCAUCAAAUUCUUCAAAAGGUGUUACAACUGCAGAUCCGGCGAAUCAUUUGCGAAUUAAUGAUGUUCAAACAAUGGCUUUGCAAGACCGUGAACAAGCGCUUCAAAAUGUUUUAAACUUUAUAGCGGAACAGCAAAAAUAUUGCCGAGAUAGAGAGGAGUCCGAUUCAAUGUCAUCCCGUCCUGUAUCAGAAAUACGUGAAUUGCCUCCUCCUUAUGCCGCAGCUGAUUUCGAUGAAGAUUCCGUUGAUCCACGAAGCGAAGUAUCUGAAGAUAGGCAAAGACCAGAUUCGUUUGGCAGCUUUUCUGAAAAUGACUCUUGUGAUGUUGUUCCGAUCGACAGAACAAUUGUCACAUAUUGUGAUAGUGUAUCCGAGCCAAGAUCAACUCUUAGAUUUAUUGAACGUGAAGAUCCUUAUACAGAAUCCGAAGACUUCUACGAUUUAUCCAGAGUUGAAAACGCAGAGAACGAAAUAGAUGAUCACCACCUAUUAAAAGUUCAAAGAAAGAAUGAAAUAAAUAAGAUUAUAGAUAUUAACAACACUACAGAUUUAGAUCAGCCAAAUUCAAUAAAAGAUGAAAAAUCAUGUGAUAUUGAAUCUAGUCGAAAUUUAGAGCAAAACUCUGCAUUAAAAGAAAACACGAUGAACAUUAUGUUAAAUAAACAAACGUCAAUUGAAAGGGAGAUAGAACCUAGUUUGGUGAAAUCAACAAGUUUUCAGUGUACUGGUGAAAAUGAAGUAUCCCUUGUCGAUGAAGUUCUAAAUGCUUGUAGACGUACAUCAGGUGUGUUAGGUACCGUCCCUGAAGAAGAGGAGAGCUCAUCACCUGAAAUUAGUUCUCCCCAAAUGACUGAAUCAAAUACUACAAGUACAUCAACUGCUGAAACUGUGAUAAUAAGUAAUAAGAAUGAGGGAAGUCAUAGGGAAAUAAGGCGCAGAUGUGAGAAAAGCCGAAUACCUACACUGAUGGGAGGUAAAAGACCACCUUCCUCGCCUCAAAGGGUACGAUCUAAAAUUCCUGUAGCUGAAAGAAGUCGAGCAGGAUGUGCUCAAUCGACUUCAACUCCUGAGCCGAUAAUCGUAAAACAAGAAAAUACACUAAGUUUUCACGAAGCUGCCACUUCCAAGGAUGUCAUUGAAGAGCUUAACAGAAUGAUUCGACAAAGUGAAGGUGCAACUGCAGCGACCGAAAUCAAAGGUGACGAGAAGCAGGAAAAAUCUUACGCACACAAGGACAACGCUUUAUGGGCCCCUACUGGAUGGGUCCACGUUGAAAAGGAUAUAGACUUCAGUGAUCCAAAGGCUCGCGCGAACCUGCUGGACGUGAUGCUGGCGUCCAGCGACUCGUCCCCAUCCUCGUGCGGCUCGUCGCCCGCGGAGCCGCCGCCGCCUUAUUCUCGUCUACAUCGCUUGCAUCGCUCCCGCCGACAGAAGACCGCGGCGGCACUGCGCGUGCGCGGGCUGGGCGCGCUGCGCCAGGCGCGCCACCGCCGCCCCUCCAUCCUGGGCCGCGAGGGCUUCUUCGUGCGCUACGCCGAGCCCGAGCGCGCCGCCGUCGCCACCUUCGACUUCCUCGAUGACCUCUCCGCCGGAUCCGGAUCCUCCCCCGACGCCAAAGACUGUCUCGAAUAGAUGACUCGCGCCGCGAUAUAUAUUUUUCUACGUCGCUCGCUUGUGAUAUUCCCGUUCGUACGGCGACUCGUAGUUCGCUUAGUGAUGUGACGUGAGCCAAAUAGUUACUAGUGUAGCGCGCCCGCCAGGCUGCAGCUUUAGUGUCCGCCCUAUCGAUUUAGAUUUAGGUGUAGUCGUGUUACGAUUUUAUUAUUGACGAGCACCUAGUCUUUGUGUUCUUCUUAGAUGGUAGCGAGAAGGACAGACGCGAUGAGGCGCUGACGUGUUUAGUUUUGAGUUGGCGCUCGGUUUGAUUUGUUUAUCGGAAAGUCGAUUCUGAUCGAAUGUAAAAUUAUUUUUCUGGUUUAGUAAGCUGGACGCUUGAUUGUAAGGCGUACAGAUGAACAUCCUUUGCGCUUGAAUGGUUGCUUUGGAUAAAAGAAAACAGCUCUAUACCUUAUUAACAGUUGAUUACUUCCUGCGAUGUCUAGCUAACGCUUCGAACCAAAAACUAUGAAUUAGGCAAGAAGACGUAAUAAGUAAUGACUAAGUAAAGAAAGCUGCGGCCUCGAAGUAAUGUGAUAUUUUUGUAUAUACUGUAAGUCCCACUUAUUUUCGUAUACAUUUAAAUGGAUUCCUUUCAAAACGAACGAAGUGUUAAUGUUGGAAUAAGAGUGAAGUUAUGUUCUCUGAGCCCGGUCCGGACCGGUCUUCACUUAGAUUUAAGAGCUGAUUUAAAAAAAAAACAAAAUCGCAAUUAUUCACGGCCGACCGGGUCUUUAAUAUAAGGUACUUAUGUAAAUAUCGGCGAUGAUUAUAAUUUACGUAUCGAGUUAGUUAUUAAAAACUUAAUUAUAAAGAAUAGUCAUUCUAUAACAAUCGAAUAAUCUUUAAUAAUCCAUUAAAUCGAAGGGUACUAAAGUAUUUUAAGUGUGUAUAUAUAUGUUAUGACGUCAUUGAAUGCUAUUUAUUGAGUUGUAUCUUUUGCGAUUAAUAGAUUAUUUGUGUAUACUUAGGUACAUAUCAUGAAUCUGUAUUAUUUGAUAAUAACUCGAAUGGAAAGUUCACAAGUAUCGAAUGAUUUAGAAAUAAAUAAGAAAAAAAUUGUGUACGAUUCAAUCUCAUUUUAUUCCAGUACAAAAAUGUCGAUAUAUCAGUAUUGGCUUUUGUUUAAUUUUUAUUAUAAUCUUUUCCGUAAGAAAAUUAUUUAUCAAUUGCGACAAAUUAGUCGAUACUUGUAACUAAUUUUUGCUAUAUUGUAUUUUCAUUAAAUAUGGUUAUGAACCGUUUGAAUUUUGUAGGUAUUUGCGGCUUUUAUUAUUAAUUGUAGUUAUUCUAAUGGAACCAAAGCGAUUUUUCACAGAAUUACAGAAUUUGCCACCACUUGUUACGCUGCGACACUAAUUUCCUUGACCAAUAUUAUUUUAACCAGCUUUGUUUUUAUAGUAAAUAUUGAAGACAAUAAGGAAGAUUUAUACCUAUUAUUAUUAAUAAAUAUAAACGAAUAACGACUCGAUCGAUAUCUAAAAUAUGAACUUAUUAGUAUUUAUAUUAUAGUAUGAUGUAAUUGGAAUAUAUUGUACACCCUUAGUAGAGUUCGGAUACACGCCAUAGAUUUACGUAAGAAUAGUUUUUUUUUAAUUCAUUUUCACUUUUUAAUUUUUCAAUGCCAAAGGUUUAUAUUGAGAUGGUUAUUACGUAGAUGUCUAUUUUGUUAAUAAUAAAAUUACAAUUGUAUUAAUUUUCUAUUAACGAUUUUUGUAAAGUUUUCGAUUGUGAAAACUUUUGCGUGUAUUCGAAUUCCGUAUAAGUUUUAUGAAUUAUGAGUGUAAACACAGCAAUAUUUUAUUUAAAGUAAAUCUCUUGGAUCCUAAGCAUGAACAUUAUUUAAUGUAAAACUGUUCCUAUGGAAAAUAUUUCAUCCUCGGUCAGUUUAGGUAUUUUAUUAAACAUGGCUAGUAUAAUUGGCAUGAUGUUAUUUAUGAUAAAUUAUACCUAAUCUAUAUAUACUUAAAACAUUGUAUUCAUUAUAAUUGUAGGAUCCAGAAAGUACUGUGAUUUGUAACUACCACUGAAAAUUGGAGCACAAUCGGUUAAAAAAAAUAAAAUUAAAAAAAUUAAAGAUGUAUUCCAAUAUUGGGUGCAUUCGUUAGUUCGUUCUAACAUAAGACAUAGAAAUAUUUGAGAUAGGUAGGUACUUUGAACAGUACAAAAACGUAGAGUAACAGUAUAAUUUUAAUUGUCUACUAUUGCAGAUGGGUUGAAUAAACGAUUCCGUUCCCAAAUGA